AUGAUUGCUGAGGCAACCGUGAUGUUCUUAGAUCAACGAGCCUCCGACUCCUUACGUAGCGUUUAUAACUUUACAGAGGAAAAUGCGGUUAAGUCGCUUCCCGUUCUCAUAAUCAUCCACGAGGAUAAAACAUCAUCUAGGCUUUGCGUCAUCUUUCUCUUGAAGAGAAUCUGCCUUAGCAAGCCGAUCUUUCGCAAUCGUAAGUAUAUGGGUUGCAGAAACUGA